AUGAUGUUCGCCAAGAAACGUUCCCGGCGAGGCGUCGUUUCAUCGUUGCCGAGCUCGAACGCGAAGAAGCUAUUGAGACUGCCGCACGUGUUCGCGAAAAUACUAGAGCUUCCUUUUCCUUCAGAAGACGACGUUUCCGUGGAGGAAACGCCGCAGUUUUUUCGGUUCGUUGCGUCGUGCAAUGCCGAUGGUGGCGUGAGAGCUCUGGCGAUCGACAUUUUUCCGGGGAUAACGAAAAUCGUGAUAAAGAGAAUGGACGGUGGUGACGUGGCGGUUCCGGGUCAGCAGCAGCAGCAGGUUCCUUCUGGCUUUGGACUGUGGCGGUUCCGGCUUCCGCCGUGGACGCAGCCGGAGAUGGUUACCGCCGUGUGCAGCGGCGGGAAGCUGAUGGUGACGGUGCCGAAGAUCAAGAGCAGAGCAAACUGA